UGUAUACUCGGGGGUAGCAACUGAGUUCUACUUUGAAAUAUCUCCCUCUAUCAAAAAGUAUAUAUAUAUAUAUAUAUAUAUAUUCUGGUCAAGAGGGUACACAAAACUUGUCGACUUUCAUUCCAGUGUGCUUCAUAUUGCAACACAACCACCACAUUAAUUCCUCCUUAAAUCAAGCCAUGUUCAUCUCUUCCGUGGCCAGCAAUGCCCAUAAUUUACUUACGCUAGAGCUUCUUGGUUACACAUAAUCAACCCUCACGGAUGUCAAAUAAGUACAAUUUCAGCAGAUAUAAACUAUAUCCGUCUCACCAUCCUUGUUCUGCCGCACUCAAGAGAGCUUAGUGCUGAGUUAAGAGCGAUAGUUUGAUGCCAAGAAACGGCAGAGGGUUGCAAGUGUUGCAUAACCGGUAUAGAGCGGGCUCUUAUUUUUCCUCUGGCAGCUUCUCAAAGUCAAUUGGGGGACAAGACCGUGUUAAAGGGCCGAACGAGCCCCUCAAUUCCUAGGACUCCGUACAUCUCUGCCUGAAACAACAACGUGAUUUAGCCUGCCUCGAUACCCAUUGCCAAAGUACCUAAGGCCUCAGGCCACCCAGUGACCCGUGCCAGCACGUGCAUCGCAAUUGUUCACAAACCGGACCGCCACCCGAGAUUCCCCAUACGGUGGAAGUCCAAUGAGGAGCAUCCGGCGUAUGGGGGAAUGUUGUCAUCGAUUGCUCCUCCGUGUCACCUUAGCCGUUCUCGAGCGUCCCAACAUUCAAAAUUUUGAAUUUCAUGGUUCUCGAUAUUCUAGAACCACUUUGCAUCAACAUCGGAGAGCAAUAAACGAAUCUUUUCUACCUUCCAAGAAAAAAAAAAAAGAAACCGUUCGCCCAUGCUUCCCUGUUUUUGUUUUUGAUUUAUUCUCUUUCCCUCUCUUACUUAUUCUACCGAAUUCUCCACAGCUAAUCAAAGUAGCUGUAAUUAGUUAGUGGCCACUAUCAAAGUCUGUACCUACGUUAGCUUCCAGACCUCAACGGUGGUUGGGUGUUCGAUUCAAAAAUUUCGGUUUGGUGUGAUGGUUCCACUGCGACCGAUUUUCAAACCGAUUCUCCGAUCAUCAAUUCUUGAACUCUCACACGCAUGACCUGACAGAUGUUCUCCGUGAACUUUAAAGUCUGAUCACAGACCCAAGGGGGGCUUGGGAGCUGAAACGAAAGAUGAACUACUAGUUGUAAACAACAAGACACCUGGUGAUCCAUCCAUACGGCGGCGGUGGCGGGGUGGAUGCCCGGCUUUGCAGGAAGGUAUUAUGCAGGAUUUCCGCCACUAGUGGACGGAGUAUCGCGCUUCUCCGUCUGUAACAGUUGUAUCCGUGGUGGGAGGCAAAAACCCAAAAAAAAAAAAAGAGAGAGGUCAGUCAAGA